AUGGGCGAUCUGCAGCGCACGGGCGGGGCGCCGCGGCGAGGCGCCGUGCAGUUCCGGAUACCGCGGCGGCCUGCCAAGGCGACGGGCGCGCCACCUCUACCGGCGUCUGGCGGGCGGAAGAAGAAGAUGCCAGUGGCGCGGCUCGGCCGCGCACGGAGGGGCCUCUUCGGGGCGGUCCGGCGGCUGCGCAUGCGCUGGGUGGCGGCCGUGUACCGGCGCGCGCUGCGCCGGCUGCGCGCCUUCUACGCCAGGGCGCUGGAGGACCUCCUCGAGGGCGCGGCGUCCAUCAGCACGCUGCGCGCCCAGGCCGGCGCCGACUGCUCCUUCGGCACCGCCUUCGCGCCCGUCGUCGCCGCCGGCCGCCGCUACAACUGA